CAGCCGGCAUUCACUGCUCUUCCGUUGCCCAUGACACCGGGACGAAGUUCUGACAGCUGAUUUCUCCAAUCAGUUCAAAUCCACUCCGACCCCCCCAAUAAAUCAUUAUUCUUAGAGUUAUUUCCAGUCGGACGGGUCUCCUGUAGUCUCCGGCUGCAGUCGCACUCGGCGCUUUGUGCAGAGGAGGGCGGCUGAUUAUGGUGUAGCACAGCGGAGCGCGGUAGCUCUGAGACAGUAAGAUGUUGACGUAUUGAAGUUAUGAUUUUCAAUAAACACAGACGCUCCUCUUUCUGAUGGAUCUCUCCUCUUGGAUCGUUUGUUGUCAGAGCGCACAGUUUGGAUUUGUGUGGGCAUCUGAGAAGCAGUGCAUUGCAGCACAGCACAGCGUGGGGCGGAGCGAGGAAGAUUACAGCAGCGUAGCCAUGCUUACAUUGGCCAGUAAGCUGAAGAGGGAUGAUGGAGGAAAGACGGGCCGUGCCUCUGGAGCCUCCGACUCCGCCCACAGGGUCUCCAUCAGGGACCGCCUCCUAACCAAAGAAGUUGCAGAACUUGAAGCCAAUCUCCCUAGUACAUGCAAAGCCAGUUUCCCAGAUGAGGACAAGCUGCAUCAUUUUCAACUGGCAGUGUCUCCUGAUGAGGGUUACUACCAAAGUGGAAGGUUUCAGUUUGAAAUAGAUGUCCCCGAAGCCUAUAACAUGGUGCCUCCUAAAGUGAGAUGUUUGACCAGAAUAUGGCAUCCUAACAUCACAGAAACUGGAGAGAUCUGUUUGAGCCUAUUGCGGGAGCACUCUAUUGAUGGCACAGGCUGGGCACCCACCAGAACAUUAAAGGAUGUGGUCUGGGGAUUGAACUCCUUGUUUACUGACCUGUUGAACUUUGAUGACCCGUUGAACAUUGAUGCAGCAGAACACCAUUUGAGAGACAAGGAGGAUUUCCGAAAUAAGGUUCAAGAUUACAUCAAGCACUACGCCAGAUGAUAGAAGCAUCGGCUACCUACAUCAGCCUGCACCAACCAACCAAACUGCUCUACCUUGCCUCUGCUUAUCUUGGCCAACUCCAUCCCCACCCUACGUGUGUGAAUCAACAGCUGGGUCUCUCUCUUACCACUCCCCUCCUCUCGCCAUCACAGCCCCACCCAUGCCCUGCUGUUCACCCAGUUGCAAUAAACUCCACAUUGCAGAAACUAAAUAAAAAAAGAAACAAAAUUAUGCGUUUGAGCAAGGGCUUGCAUACAAAAGAAAAAUAUGCUUUAAUUAUCCUAAUCGAUUGAGUGUUGCAAUGACCACAAUGUCUGUUCGUUGUGGCAAGAUCACUGAAUGACGCCGCCUCACUAAACCUGUCUGGAAACGAGCCAUGGCAACGUCAUGGCAAGGGAUUAGGUGUGAUGAUGACCGGCGCAAAAAAAAAAAAAAAGCAUUAAAGGAAGUCACAUUCAGCUGUCUAAUCAAGAGAAAUAAUAUCUGUUACUAUCAGUUCUCUGUUCCAGUGCCUGCCAUGUUUGUGUCGCUAAAGAGAAAAUGCAUGUGAGUUCACAACAUUUACACACAUACAUAGACACACACAGUGUCACAUCCUGUAGUAAAAAGGUGAAUACAUGCAUACACAGCCCCACUAGACAGCAUGUGAAUGGCCACAUUGUCCCAUUCUGUUGUCAUUCUCCUUGCAUGUGCACACACGCACACACAAAGCUCACAUGCAGAGCUUCUGUGUGUUUUCAGCUCCAAGUGGGAUAAAGUACGACUACUAAAACCACAGCCAAAUGUAUUGUACUGUUUUCAGCUUCACUUUGUCUCUGUGCCCCUGCUCUUCCUCUCCUCACUGUCCUUUUUUGUCCUCCCUCCAUCUGUCUCUGUUCCACACUCACGAACACCCACACACACACACACAACCACAUGCACUUUUUCCCGUUGAGGAUUGAGAGGUUUAUUUGUACUUACAGUGCAGUCAGAAAGUACUGCGACAGUGACACAUUUUUGGUGUGUUUGCUCUGUACCUGUGCACAUUUGGUCCAGUGUGUAAGAUUUAGUGGCAUCUAGCGGUGUAUUGGAGAUCGCAACUCUGUCACUUCACCCGUCCCUUCCAAACACGAAGGAGAAACUACGCCGGCUGAGAAACGUGUAAAAAACGCAAACACCCCAAUGUAGAGCCAGUGUUUGUAUUGUAGAAACAUGGCGUUUCAACAGGAAGGACUCCACGGAAGGCGACCCUCAAUGUCUAUACAUAUAAACAGCUUAUUCUAAGUAAACAAAAACACAACGAUUCUUAUUUUCAGGUGAUUCUGAAAUCUAAUAAAAACAUACCUAUGAAUAUUAUAUCCAGUUUGUGCCAUUAGAGCCUCCUAAAUGUUACACACUGGACCUUUAAAAUUAAGCAAUGUCUCCAAGUUUAAAGGACAGAUUUAGAUUUAAUUUUACAUCCAGAACAAAUAAAACAGUGUAGGAAUUGUUGCUCUUUUUUUGUUCAUAGUCCCCCGGGUUUAAUGGACAAAGAUAUCUUUAGAAUGACACUGUAUCAAACAAUGCGAACAGGGUUUGUUUGCAGUGCUGAACCUGCAGAGAAUUAUCAUCUGAAUCUUCAGCUCUGCUCGGCUUUACAGAGCCAUAUAUCGUUGGUCUGCAUGUUCAGGAUCAUUGUCCUAAAAUCUGGGGAUUACUACGAGUCCUACACUGUUCACCCAACGUGGAUGUGAACACCUUAAAAUACCCUAAAAUACCCUUAAAGCAGAAAGUCAGCCCUGUAACCUCACAGUCAUUGUUUCAUUUUAUUAUCAGUGUGCUGCAGUAUGGAAUAAAAUACAUUGAGCUGUCCCAAGACUUUCUAACUGCACGAUGCAUCCCCUCUCACUCCCCUCUGUGGGAGAUUUCCCAAGCUGACAUGUGGAGUGUGUCUUUCUAAAAGGACAGUACUCAGUUUUCUCUUUCUUUCUAUGUGUGUAUGGACUCUAUGUUUUUACUGUCUGGAUGUGUUUUGAGAAGUCCGUAGCAGAGAUUCAUGAAGGCGCUCAGAUAGCAAGCUGACUAGCUAAAGAAGUGAGUAAGCAUAUUGGUUUUCACACGAAACUACUCUUUUCUUUUCAUCAAGUAUGUGUGGUACUUGAAGCUCAUACAUUGACUAGAGUAGGUGAUGAGGUGCACUGCACAGCGGGACAGCUCUGCUAAUAUUGAGCUAACCAGAUAACCUCAAACUGUCUUUAGGAACCUCUGCUAUUGUGGAUGUUGGCCAUAAAAUACAUGGUCAUUUUGUGUUUGUGUGUGUGUGUGUUAUAGAGAGAAAGAAAGAGACUGUCACUCAGUUAGGCAGUGAGGGCGUGGCGUCCGUAUGCGCGUGCUUUGCUCGGCCCUGGCCAGCGCCGUGCCUCCAGUGUGAGUCGUAUCUCUGAAUUUUAAGACUGUUCUUUCUCUCCAUUCAGAUUUGUGUUCACACGUCUGCAUGAGGCAAAGUCUAUGUGAUCCGCCAGUGGUGCAUUUUAAUAAGGAUGUCAGAAAUGUAGUUGUCGAAGAGUGAAAUUUUACAUUGGAGAUGUGUGUGAUGCGUGCGAGAGUUUGUGCUUGUUGAGCGCUCGUGAGUGAGCGUGCGUGCGUGUGUGUGUGGGCAGUUACAGUAUGACAUGUUGAAAUUAUGUGAUUUGUUAGCAUGCUCUGGUUCCCUCUUUUCUUUGUUAUUCUGGCCCAGGGUUCAAUAGCUCGAAUUAUUACUGUUUUCAUGGUGAAAGUAAACAGAACAACAGACGACACUGGCUUCUGCCAAAAUAAAGGACCUGAGAAUAUGACAAAUACCAGGUCCAAUGAAAGCAGAUGUGAAUGUGGGCGUUCCAUGGCUUUUUCCAGCCUGGUGUUGGUCCACUCAAACCUUAAAGGCUAAUGUAACUGCCUAUUAAUAUAAAGCCAUCCUGUGUGAUCGCCAUGACAGUUAUUUGUCGUGGUAGCAGUUGCCUCCGGGAUAUGGUAGCCCAAUACUCUGUACUUAAUCUUAGCCUUACUAAUACUCUGACUUUAGCUUCCUAUUGGACAGCUUGUCAUACGUCCUUUAAUUUGGCAGUUAGCAGUGUUUUGUUUUUGUUUUUUUCCCCCCAGGAUGUUAUUGGGGAAUAUCUCUGCUUGGGCUAACUCCAUCUUUGGGCCAUGAGAGGAAGAUUAACAACCUGUUCUUCUUCAAAUCCUCAACGUUUUCUUUCUCAGAUUGUAUAUCCAUUUUUUAAGAUAUAUUAAAGAGAAUAUAAAUAAAACUAA